ACAAUAUUAAACUACAUCCAAUGGGUUUGUAUUUAUAUCUUCAUUCUACGCACAUUCAUUCAUCAUUAAAGUUUACAAAGUAAAAACUUAGAAAAAGAAAAAUUCAUUUCUUUUGUUUUCGAUAAAAGCCUUGUAUAUAUGAGUACUUUUUCUCUGGGAAGCAAAAAGAAAGAAAAAACGUGACUAAUGUAAUUCCAUAUACAUGCUGUAAUCGGAAGAAAAGUUGAAUCAUACAAACCUACUAAAACAGUAUAGAAUUUUCGAAAGAAUUCAUUCUUUUUCUUUGUUAUAUCUGUAUAAAGACGGGAAAAAAACAGACCAAGAAAUAUUUCUCAUUCUAACUUUCAAACAAACGUACGUUUUAUACUUCAAAAAAUUUAAAUAGACGAAAAAAUGUAAGUAUGAUAAAAUUGAAAUUGAUAGAUCUUUAUAUUAUUGUCGUUACUUAUUGAUAAAUAGGGACGGUGCUGUUAACCAACAUUAUCAAGAAACGGAACAAAACAGAUUAACAGCGCAAGAUAAACAAAUGUUGGGCGAACAACCCAAACCAGGAGCAAAAGAUUCUGUAUUACAAGCAGAAAAAUUCGGAGGCGAUACACCAGCUCAGCAAGGCUCGGGAACAGCAACAACACUUGAUUCAGUCAGCGGUCAAUCAAAUCCGAAUAUUAUUUACUAA